AUGGGAGAACGGAAGGUGCUAAACAAGUAUUAUCCGCCGGAUUUUGAUCCUGCGAAGCUUCCCAGGCUCCGGCGACCGAAGAACCAGCAGAUCAAGGUUCGUAUGAUGCUUCCAAUGAGUGUCCGAUGCGGUACCUGCGGAAAUUAUAUCUACAAGGGAACCAAGUUCAAUUCCCGUAAAGAAGACGUCAUUGGCGAGACGUAUCUUGGGAUUCAAAUAUUUAGAUUCUACUUCAAGUGCACCAAGUGUUCUGCAGAGCUGACAAUGAAGACAGAUCCACAGAAUUCUGAUUACAUUGUCGAAUCUGGGGCAUCUCGUAAUUAUGAACCCUGGCGUGCAGAAGAUGAGGAGGUUGAUAAGGAUAAACAGAAAAGAGAUGCUGAGGAGAUGGGGGAUGCGAUGAAGUCCUUGGAGAACAGAACUUUGGACUCUAAAAGAGAAAUGGACAUUAUAGCUGCACUUGAUGAAAUGAAAUCAAUGAAGUCUAGACAUGCUACUGUGAGCGUAGAUGCAAUGCUGGAGGCCUUGCAAAGAACAGGUGCUGAGAAGGUAAAACGAAUAGAAGAGGAAGAUGAAGCAGUUAUAAAGUCUAUAUUUGGUAAACAGAAAGAAAUUAUAAGGAGGAUUGACGAUGACGACUUUGAUGAUGAUGAUGAUAGCUAUGAUAGCGAUGAUUCUCCCAGCCAUCAGAAGGAGAAGAAAGGAUCAUCUUCAAAUCUUUCAAAGAAGAGAAAGGCAGAUGAAAAUCCAAGCAAUCCCACGGAUAUUUUGACUACUUCUGCAGAUAAACCAAAGGAGCCCAAGAAACAAGCUACCAGCAAACAACCUUUCAAAUCCGUUCACAUAACAGUCAUCAAGAAGCAAUCUCAACCAACUUCUGCAAAACUAGAGGAGAAGAAGAGCAAUGGUGUGGCUAAUGCCAGUUUAGUGUCUUUAUUCCAAAACUAUGGUAGUGAUGAAGACGAGGAUUGAUUGGUUGUUUUAUCUCAACAUGAUUAACACUUUCACUUUCACAGAUCUAUCGCUGUUUUAGAAUUGGAUUUGGAUCUCAUCCUUGUACUGUUUUUUUUUUUUUUUUUGCAAACCCCAUCCUUGUAUUGUUCAUAUAUGAGAUCUAUCAAAAAAGUUUGAGGUCA